AUGGCUAGCCACCCACCACUUGAUCCUCAGAAGAGCAUUUGGAACCUGCCAGGGCUUGAAAAGACCUCCUUCUAUGCAGCGGCGCUUUAUCUUCAUGUUGCAGCCAAAGGGCAGCUCCGCGACGCAGAGCAUCACGGACAACACUACCAGCCCAAGACUAAGCGGGAUCUCCGGGACUUCUUGGACCGUCUAGCUGACUGCUUUGCCCGGUCCAAAGACGAGGAUGCGCAAGCACACGUGUCCGCCACAGGGAUGGUGCUUGAUGAGCAGCAGCGCCGAAUAACCAUCUACGUGGCGAAAAAUGUCAGCGAUAAGAAUUUGGAUCGUUCGUCCUUGUCUCCCACACAGACAGCCUUGAUGGUGAGCGAGGACAAGGAGUUUGCAGGGAAGCUAUGCCUCUGGUUCAACAAGCUAUCCUGCAAAGACGAGAACGCGGCCGAGCCCCUCCAAUGGGACAUGUGGGAUGUCAUGCGCAAGUACAAUGCGUCGCGCGUCGGGUAUUACGCGCGCAAGGUCAGUAGCUGGAGUGGAGAGGGUGUCGAGGGGGUGGAUACAUCGCUAUGGCCCGCUCUCACUCGGCGAACCAUGACAGCCAUCAAUAACACCAUCGAGGCGUGCAUGGUAUUUAGACAGGAACCUCCCCCUUCAGGCCAGGAUCUUGACGAGUCCCUGGGGACAUGCGCGUUGGCGGCCUCAGAGUGUCGGUCUGAUCCAGAAUUUCACCAAUUCAGCCUUGAAGUGGAUAAAAUUAUCAACAACGAUGCCGACCAGAUCGAUGAGGCGUUCAAAGAUUUUGCACGCGUCGCCAAGUGGAUAGACUAUCUUGGCCGGCUAGGGGACACAUAUACUACCUUCGGAGAUUUUUGCAAAUCUCCCGAGCAGCAGGGAUACACAUACGACAUUGUGGUUCUCAAGUCGCCCCCCGAGGAACCGUGGGACGUAGCACCUUACAAGAACAUGAUCGGGUCUUGGGCCGGCAACCUCGGCCUCGAUGAAGAACGCAACGGUCGCAAAACCAUCAGACACGAUCUGGACCAGUUCGUCGCCCGCGGUGCGAGCCGCGGCAGAGCCCGCGUGCACUGCGAGAUCCAGCUGCUCCAUUACUUCUCCCAGGAGAACCCCGAGAACUCCCCGAAGCCGCUCGACUACAUCGGCUGCAGCAAGAAGUCAUGUUGGCUGUGCUGGCAGCUGCUCGGCCACUUUGGGCAGUUCACGACAAAGGAUACACAUCGCAUGAUCUACCCCAUGUGGGCAUAUCCCGCCCAUUACCCCCCGCCGCACGUCGGGCUGGCCAGGGCACUAGCCGCCACCUACAGGGACAUGGCGACGCUCAUCCAGGACAGCGUGAUGGGGAUCCAGGCCUUCACCUCGAACUGGAACAUCUCGCACACGUCGCGUCGGCAUAACCAGAGCAUGGCUGGUGAGGUCGGAUCAGUGCCGGAGUUUUCGGUAGCGGCCCCUUCGUCCGCGGACAGCAUCAUGUCCUCGGACGUUGUAGAAUUGUUCACGUGCGAUGAGUCUGAUCCUCAAGAGCAAGAACUUUCCAUGCUUAUCCAAGCUGUCCAAGGGCUCUACCACCAAAGCAACGUCUUGUUCGCCUUCCAGAUCAACACCAAGACGCUAAAGUCCAAUACCCUGCGCGAGAUCACCUUGGAGGACCUGGAGACGAUGCUGUGGGGGGGACUUGAAGAAUAA